AUGGCCGCGGAGAUCAAUCACCGGCAAUCGGUACUCCAGCGCUCUGCACUCGAUCAAGAAGAUGGACUAACCUUUGCCUACGACAAACUGUCAGGCACAACCAUGGCAGCACAGUUCCGCAGUAGGCAACUCCUCACAACAGUUUCCAUGGCUGCGGAGAUCAAUCACCGGCAAUCGGUCCUCCAGCGCUCUCCACUCGAUGAAGAAGAUGGACUAACCUUAGCCUACGACAAAACCGACAAACCAACGUCGUACGCGCAUGGGGUCGAGCUCCCACAUACGGUCAAGAGCAUCUACUCGUCAUUUGUGACGGCUAUGGUACUCACUAUCCUUGAAUCAGUCUCCUAA